AAACAUGUACUCCACCACCCAAUCAGAACUCAGAGAAAUCCUACUCUUUCAAAUCCGUCCAAAUCCUUUUCCUUCCGCCACAUCUCUUGCACCAUUUCCACAUAGGCCCAAACCCAAAUCAAAACCAAAACAUUCACUAAGAAAGAAAGAAAGAGGUUUUAGUUUUUUAGCUUAUGCACACCAACUAACUCCUCCUAACUUCUUUCUCUGGGGUUCUUCUCCAUUUCAUUGGCUUUCAAAGUCACCAACACAAUUCUCCCUUCAAAGUUUCAAUGGCUGUUUCAACCAGCUUCUCGGGUGUAAAGUUGGAGGCUUUGUUGCUGAAAUGUGGUUCCUCCAAUGCUGCCACCACCACCACUCAUAUAUCAUGUUUUGGCAAAAACAGAAAGACACUUGUUCAGAGUCAGAGAGGGGCUAUUCGUUGUGAGGCUUCCUCUGCUUCUGAUGUUGUGGCUGAUGCCACCAAGAAAGCUGCUAGUGUCUCUGCUCUUGAGCAGCUUAAGACCUCUGCAGCUGAUAGGUAUACAAAGGAAAGGAGCAGCAUCAUGGUUAUUGGACUGAGUGUGCAUAGUACACCUGUGGAAAUGCGUGAAAAACUUGCCAUACCAGAAGCAGAAUGGCCAAGAGCCAUUGCGGAGCUUUGUAGUCUGAAUCAUAUUGAGGAAGCAGCUGUUCUGAGCACCUGCAACAGAAUGGAGAUAUAUGUUGUUGCUCUGUCCAAGCACCGCGGUGUCAAAGAAGUCACUGAAUGGAUGUCCAAAACAAGUGGGAUCCCGGUUGCAGACCUUUGCCAGCAUCAGUUUCUGCUAUACAACAAAGAUGCAACACAGCACCUUUUUGAAGUAUCUGCUGGUCUUGAUUCUCUUGUGUUGGGAGAAGGUCAAAUCCUUGCCCAGGUGAAGCAGGUUGUCAAAGUUGGACAAGGAGUGAAUGGCUUUGGGAGGAACAUUAGUGGACUAUUCAAGCAUGCAAUCACUGUGGGGAAGAGGGUUAGAACUGAGACAAACAUUGCUGCUGGUGCAGUUUCUGUUAGCUCAGCAGCUGUUGAACUGGCCCUGAUGAAGCUACCUGAAGCCUCACAUGCCAAUGCAAGGAUGCUGGUCAUUGGAGCUGGGAAAAUGGGAAAGCUUGUGAUCAAGCAUUUGGUGGCAAAAGGGUGCACAAAGAUGGUGGUUGUCAAUAGAAGUCAGGAGAGAGUUACUGCGAUCCACGAAGAAAUCAAGGAUGUUGAGAUAAUCUACAAGCCACUCUCGGAGAUGCUCACAUGUAUUGGUGAGGCAGAUGUGGUUUUCACCAGCACAGCAUCAGAGAAUCCAUUGUUCUUGAAGGAUGAUGUCAAGGACCUUCCUCCUGCCACCAAUGAAGUUGGUGGCCGUCGCCUGUUCGUCGAUAUUUCUGUUCCUAGAAAUGUUGGAUCAUGUCUCUCAGACCUUGAGUCUGUGAGAGUGUACAAUGUUGAUGACCUUAAGGAGGUUGUGGCAGCCAACAAAGAGGAUAGGCUAAGAAAAGCUAUGGAGGCUCAAGCAAUCAUUGGUGAAGAAUCAAAACAAUUUGAGGCUUGGAGGGACUCAUUGGAAACUGUCCCUACCAUUAAAAAGUUGAGGGCAUAUGCUGAAAGAAUAAGGUUGGCUGAGCUUGAGAAGUGCCUAGGUAAGAUGGGUGAUGAUAUCAACAAGAAGACACAAAGAGCUGUGGAUGAUCUUAGCAGGGGUAUAGUGAAUAAGUUGCUUCAUGGGCCAAUGCAACACUUGAGGUGUGAUGGCAGUGACAGCAGGACUCUAAGUGAGACCCUUGAGAACAUGCAUGCUUUGAAUAGAAUGUUCAACCUUGAGACUGAAAUAUCUGUUUUGGAGCAGAAGAUUCGAGCCAAGGUGGAGCAAAAGCCAUAGUGUGAGAGAUCUAGUACCAAUUUUUCAUUCAUAACACUCAUUUAUUUACUCUAUUUAGGCUUAAGAAUCAUGCAAUCUUUGAUUGAAUGAUUGAAACAGUAAAAGUCCCCAAGAACUUCAAUUGAUUAGUGGUGUCUCAGUGUCUACUUGGCCUAACUCCUGUGUUGAACUUUUAUGUCGGGUGUUUCCAAGGUUUUCUUCCAUAGUCGUUUGCCUCUAUGCCUAAAAUUUGUUUAUUAUUAUAUGCAAAAUAGAGGUGUUAUGUACAAUGUACUAUACUAUUAUGGUGAGCUUUGUAUCUAUCACGAAUAAUCUAUGCCCAAAAUGAGUCUCCUGUUAAUAAUCUUCUGAGUUUCUAUACAAACCGAGAUUGAUUUUUAUUGUUCUU